AUGACACACGAUAAAUUUCCAAAGGACGAAGAAAAUUCAAGUCUUGUAGACUUGUUCGAAGGUGAGCAAGGCGUCGAGGAGGAUUCAGACGCGGAAAAUUGGUUCCCGCCAACUAAAAAACAAGUUCAAGAAACAAAGGAACCACCUCUGCGCGAAACCUCUGCUGAAAAAGAAGAAACUCUCAAAUCAAAAUCACAACAGAAAGAAAGCAAAGUUCAGGGAGAAGAGGAGCAAGAGGAAAACAAAAAUGACGCUGUUCGACAACUGCUUGCGCAAGAAAAAUCCCAACAGAAUCGGUUAAAGACAACACCCACAACAGCAGGAGAAAAAAUUCCCUCAAUUUCAAAAGCGCCGGAAGAAUCACCAAAAAUAGUUACAACGAAAGGAUCCGAAACUGCUAGAGAAAAAAUCGUCGAGUCGGCGGCAAGCUUUUUAUCGAGCCCAAAUGUUAAGAAGGCAAGCAUGUCGAAGAAAAUUGCAUUUCUAAAGAAAAAAGGUUUAACCGAAAAAGAAAUUGAAUUGGCAUUGGAACGAUCACAAAGAGAUGACAUUACUUCUGAAGAUGACCCUUUUAGCUCAUUACCAAUAGUAUCCGAGACAAAUAAUUUAACUACUCCACCGAGAUUACCGCCGCGAACAUAUAAAAUGCAAGACACGUUGCCCUUGACAUCAGCUGCAACGCCGGUUGUAUAUAAUUCUCUAUCGAAUAACUUGGUUCAAACUCCUCCCCCAGCUUCCCAAUCAAAAGUCGCUACACUCAAAAAAUUGAUUGUGGUAUUAUUUGUUACCGGUGGAAUCAGUGGUGCAUUAAUUCAUGCAAUCAAGAAUUACAUAUUACCUGCAGCACGUGCAAUUAUGGUAGCACAACGUCAACUUUAUCAACAUCAAUUGGAACUUAUCAGAAAACUGAAUGAAAAUCUUGGAACGUUCAAUUUCGUUAAUCGUGUUUCUUCUGCUAAUGGACAAGCAUUAACAACCUCGUCAGACGGAAGCUAUUCUUUGGAUACAACUUCUCCAAAACCAGCUGAGAUUCUCGUACCAAUUCAUACCACAAUACUCGCAAUCGCUCAUCUCCUAGAAACAACCAACAAGAGGAAUGCCGAAUCAAAAACAAUACCCGAUGCACUCGCUGCACUCAAUGAUCUCUCCUCUUUUCUCUCCACGAAAUUAUACGAUUAUUCUUCAUGGUCAAGUGUUCAUGAAAGAGAUUCUCCCGUUUCUCAGUGCAAGAGUCAAAUCAGAAGUAUUAAAGGCUUGUUGAUUAGUCGUCGUACUUUUCCCAAAGUUCCAACUUUACCUUCAACCAUUAACAAUCUAGGGAAACAGCAAACUCGUGUAACUCCUAAUAAUGAGUAA